CACUAGUGAGACAAAACCCAGUUUAAUAAGCUGCCUGCAGCCGGAACACAUGAGACUGCCGCAGCACUUGUCCCUGGCCAACGGAUCGAGCCAACUAUUAAUGGCAACAGGCUGGAAGUUUAUGCGAAAAGUUUCUGAAAGUAAUACGCAGAGAACACACAAACCGAGCUAAGUCCUAUCAAGCAACAAUAAAUGGGAAAACGCGACGGGGAAAAAGCGCUUAAAUCAGCACAAGAAACCGCCAAGACCGAAAGAGAGCGGUAGAGAAGAAGGAAUCCACAGAAAAGUUUUCCGCCAGCGGAUUUCCAUUCUCCCGAGCAUCAUCAUCAUCAUACCAGGCUCCGUUAUUGUUUCGCCAAGGAUUACAUAUUAUGCGAUAAACAUGAAAUACACAAACGAUACACGAAUCAUUGUGUUCAUUUGCUGUUUGCUGCAAGGUUUUGCCGUUGGCCUGCGCAUGAUUAAGGUCUCCAUUCCCGCCUACAAAUUGCGUGGCGAGUCCGCUUUUCUGGAGUGCCAGUAUGAGCUGAACCGGACGCACCACACGAUCACGGGUCUGCAGAGCCACUCGGACCAUGCCCACGGUCACAACACCCACGCCGGAGAGUUCCACUAUCCGGAUGGCGAUGCGCUGGAGGACGAACGGUCGUCGUACCGCUCCAGGAUGCGGCAAAGCCAGCGGCAACAUGGCCAGCGGCCCAGGCAGCGGGAUCCCAUCGCCAUGCGUCAGUACCAGAGCCAACAGAGCCAUCAGCAGUUGCCAGCUCCGCCAGAGAAGUCGCCGUACGGGCACAGUGUUUACCGGGGCAGUGCCGCCUCCGGCUAUCUGGGCGCCGCCCAUGUGGGCGCCAGUACCCACAGCGGAUCCGUAUCCGUGAGCAACGGGAACAGUAACGGCGGUCCGGCGGCCUAUAUGCCCGAUUUCGAUCGGGCGGACAGCUUCGACGAUAGCCACGAUCGCGAGGAGGAGGAGGACGAGGACGAGGAGGAGCAGCCCGAGGAAGGCGAAGCCCUGUACGCCAUCAAGUGGUACAAGGACAACGAGGAGUUCUACCGAUACGUGCCAAAGGCCCGGCCGCCGAAGACCAGCUACCGGGUGGACGGUGUGCGAGUCAUUGAGGAGCUUUCGGACGCGAGUCGCGUUCUGCUGCGCGGACUGACGCUCAACUCGACCGGAUUGUACCGCUGCGAGGUGUCCGCCGAGGCGCCCAACUUCUCAUCUGUGCAGGGCGAGGGGCGGAUGGACAUUGUGUUUCUGCCGCGCGAUGGACCACACAUCAGAGGACAGCAGUAUCAGUAUCAGAUCGGCGAAUUCUUGUAUUUAAAUUGCACGUCAGGCAAGUCGCAUCCGGCCUCACAUUUGCAGUGGUUUGUCAAUGAGCAGUCGAUCCUCGACGAGCACUACCUGCACAAAUACAACGACAUCGUGCACAAACACGGGCUAAUCACCUCGACAUUGGGCCUGCAGCUGCCGCUCGAGCCGCGCCACUUCCACGAGGGCGACAUGCGCGUCAAGUGCCUGGCCAGCAUAUCGCCGGUGCUGUGGAAGGGUGGCAAGGAGAGUGUCCUGCAGCGGCGGCCGGGGAUCAUCGACAACCGCGAGGCCAUGCUGCUGGUGAAAGGUGCGGCUGUACACUCGGAGAGCAGUUUUCUGCGAACGCUAACCAUCGCCAUCAUCCUGGCCAGAACUGGGCAGUGGCUACUUGGCGCGGAGCUGACCUAAGCCGGACCGCCAAGAUGGCAGAUGGCACCCCAUUCGACUCGAUUCAAUUAACAAGCAUUCAUUUCAAUUCAAUUCAAUUCAAUUGCAAUUGCAGAGCAUAAAUGGUGAUUUUGUAUACUUUAAGUGUAAUAUCCUUAGUUCUUAAGCGACGAGAGGCGACGAGAAGGGAAAAGAAAAACAGACAAAUUGGGUAAAUGUGUUAUAGCAUGUAAAAAUCAUUAAGCAACGCGAGUGGAAACGAGUUAAAUAGUAUUAAAAACAGAUCCCAUUCGGAACGAAAAAGUAAACUCAUGCGCAGAGAGACGCACAGAAUUCAAUUAGCAAAAUUGUUAAGUAACUAAAUUCGAAUCCCAUAUAUAUAUAUAUGACAUAUCCCCGCCCAUCGUUCCCGAAUCAAGCCCAGCUGAGGGUUCGUUGUGCGUAAUUUCUGUGUAAAUACUUGAAUGGAACGACAAAGUCUAGGGCAAACUUUGGACUUUUGUCAAAUAAUGUCUGAGUGGCAUCAAUUUCGAAUGGUAGCUGGAAACUUUCCCAUAACAGAUGCUAAAACUACAUAAUUACAAAAAAACAAAAAGAAAAAGCAAAUGGGGAAAAGUAAGCUGGAAAAGUGCUCUUUUCCCCUCUUUUAGUUACGAUUCUGGCAAGUAUUUGCUUCCUGACUCUGAAAAGUAUUUCCGAUUGUAUUUAGUUUUGUAAAUUAAGUCCGUAAGGGAGAAGGGAACUUGAAAUUAAAUUAUAUUGUUGAUGGAUCCAUUACCGAUGGCUCUAAAGUUGAGAAGCUUUGAGUUGCCGCACAUCCUAGUUGUAUGAACUGUAUAAAAGAGAACCCGGAUAUGUGUCAUAUCCGUAUUGUUAAGAACCUUUGCUAAACUAGAACUAUAAGUUAGGUGUUUAAGUUGUAGUCGAACUGUCCCCCAGAAAAUAUUCCCCACAUCCUGUAUGUAGCGGUACCUAAAGGAUAAGGUCUCCCGAAAGAUAUAACUACUAUAUAUGAUGAUAUGUAUAUGUAUACAGUAAAUGAGUACGACAAGACCCCUUUUUCCCCCCAGAGUGUUUAAACAAAUAUAAAUGUGAAAGCAAA